AUGAUGCGUCCUACGCUUGCAAAGGUCGCGAAGCAGCUUGCGCGUCCGGGAGUCGCCGCUCGUUCGUACUCGACAGAGGGUGGCAGCACACGGCACUACGGCGGCCUGAAGGACCAGGACCGCAUUUUCACCAACCUCUACGGCCAGCACGACUUUGGACUGAAGGGCGCGCUGAAGCGCGGCGACUGGUACAAAACCAAGGAGAUUGUGCUGAAGGGCGAGGACUGGAUCAUCAACGAGAUGAAGGCCAGCGGCAUGCGCGGCCGUGGUGGUGCCGGCUUCCCCUCCGGUCUGAAGUGGAGCUUUAUGGGCAAGUCGUCGCCGGGCCGCCCGCGCUACCUGGUUAUCAACGCCGAUGAGGGCGAGCCUGGGACGUGCAAGGACCGCGAGAUUAUGCGCCAUGACCCGCACAAGCUGAUCGAGGGCUGCCUCAUUGCCGGCCGCGCCAUGUUUGCCAACGCUGCCUACAUCUACAUUCGUGGAGAGUUCUACAACGAGGCAUCCAACCUGCAGCAGGCCAUCGACGAGGCGUACAAGGCGGGUCUCAUUGGCAAGAACGCGUGCGGCUCGGGCUACGACUUUGACGUCUAUGUCCACCGUGGUGCUGGAGCGUACAUUUGCGGCGAGGAGACGGCCCUGAUCGAGUCGCUGGAGGGCAAGCAGGGCAAGCCCCGCUUGAAGCCGCCAUUCCCGGCCGACACCGGUCUGUUUGGCUGCCCGACCACGGUGACUAACGUCGAGACGGUUGCUGCUGCGCCCACCAUCCUGCGCCGCGGUGGCUCGUGGUUUGCCGGAUUCGGUGCCCCGCGCAACUCUGGCACCAAGCUGUUUGCGAUCUCGGGCCAUGUCAACAAGCCCUGCACGGUCGAGGAGGAGAUGUCGAUUCCCCUGCGCGAGCUGAUCGAGCGCCACUGCGGCGGUGUGCGCGGCGGCUGGGACAACCUCCUGGCCAUCAUCCCCGGCGGCUCGUCGGUGCCUCUGCUGCCCAAGCACCUGUGCGACACUGCGGUGAUGGACUUUGACAGCCUGCGCGACAUGCAGUCUGGUCUCGGCACUGCUGCAGUCAUCGUCAUGGACAAGAGCACCGAUGUCGUGCAGGCCAUUGCGCGCCUGUCGUCGUUCUACCGCCACGAGUCGUGUGGCCAGUGCACGCCGUGCCGCGAGGGCUCGAGGUGGCUCGACCUGAUGAUGUCGCGGUUCGUCAGCGGCCAGGCGACCAGCGCCGAGAUCGACCAGAUCCUCGAGAUCACAAAGGAGAUGGAGGGCCACACCAUCUGCGCUCUGGCUGAUGCUGCUGCCUGGCCGGUGCAGGGUCUGAUGCGCCAUUUCCGCCCGGAGGUUGAGAAGCGCCUGAAGGACUACAAGAUCGGCUCGCAGGUCUCCUCGGACACCAACUACCGUCCUGACCAGACCAUCGCCACGCUCUAA